AGCAUCGUGACCACAACAGGCUCUUGUUCUUCCUGUUUACAAAUGUGAAACUGAAGUUCUGUCAGCUGGAGGUGGAGAAAGCAAAAGCUCGCAGGAAUGUAAGCUCCAGGCUGGUCCUCGAGGAAAUGGAAGAGAUAAGUCCUUUGUUGGGCAACCAGAUUUCUGGGCAACCACAUGAGGACCCAGACCUUCUGUCUCCAAACCUGAGGCCGAGACACCAGGAACUGAUCCCGACACCAUGUGGACCGAUAAAGCCCUGGUCGGAGCUAUCAUGUCUGCUCAAGCUCUACUUCUGCUUCACCAUAGCGUCUCUGCUGGCGCUGCUCGGCCUCACCCUGUUCAGCAUCUACAAGCAGCACAUGGACACGGAUGCAUCUGAUGAGGACAACUUCACUGUGUCUCUCAUCCUGUUGGUUGGAAUCUUGUUCUGCAUCUACUACAUCAGCCGGGGUGUGUUGCAGGAGAACAGACAGGAGCUGGUGGUGUUUGUGCUCAGCGUGUUGAUGUUGAUGGUUCGAUCUGUGGUCAACUUCUCUGUGCUAGAGCCAAAGAGCAAGCAGGAGCUGCUGAUUCGCUUUGUGUGCAUCAUGUGUCUGGGCGUGAUCCACGUCUUCUGCACCACGCUGCUCAUCCAGAGGCCCAACAGGAUGGCAUUCCGUGUGGGCGGGGCCUUGGAGAGCCUCCAGGAGCAAUACUUUCUGCUCAACCUGUGUUUCUCCACGGUGACCUUUGAUCUUCAGGCUCAGUUGUGUCUGUGUAUCGUGAUCACCACGUCGGACUCGGCCAUGUCUGCUCAAAACAGCAUCAUCCUGGGCGUCGGAGUGGUGUGGGCCUGCCUGACCGCCGCCGUUGGGGCUGUUGCAGUUUUAAAGGAAGCCAAGAACUUAGUUUGGGUCUUCAUGUUGCUGAACCUUCCUCAACUAGCCUUCUUUGUUUAUCUGAUUUACACGGUGGUGUUGACAUGGUUCCAGGACGGCACGUACACCCUGGAGGCAGCUGCCAUCACCGGAGCUUUGAUUUCACUGGUGAUUAAAGUGGUUUUAUUCUGGGGCCUCAUCAGACUGGUGAACAGCUUCGGCCAAGGCCUGAGGGAGAGGAUGUUUGCACCCAGCAAGUGACAAAACAUCCAGUGGGGGUGGACCAAGGACAAAGCUGCAUGCUGAGGGCCUAACAUUGCUGCUCACUAUGGAGUUUUAUUCAACGCACAACUCCACCAAUCAGUCAGCUGACUUCUUAAUUUUUGCCUAAAGUGCUUUUAUACUGUAUAGAUUUUUAUUUUAGCUAACACUCCUUUGUCAGUGUGCCUAUUUCCAGGAUUUAAAGCAUCACAACUGAAAUUACAUCAAAUGCCUUUUGUAGAUUAGAUUCAUAAUGGUUUUUAAUUUAAAAAACUUUUUUUAAAGUGGCCAACGUCCUCCAUUUCAAAAGGAGCUUUGAUCUUAAAGGUCUUUUUUUGUUUCCUUCCUGUAAAUUACAUUCAAUGUUGACUGACUUUGCUUUUUGAAAUUGUAAUUGUGAAACUUAAACUUGUGAUUUGCAUUGUCUAAAUUGCUCUUGGGCAACACUGGAAUGUUUUUACUUACCGGAAACUUGUUUUUAUUCUUUCUCUUUCGCACCUUAAUGCACUUACUCAAGUCUUUUUUUCAUUCAAGGUUCUUAAUAAAAUAUCAAAACAAGA